AUGGAACAAAACAUGUUAGUCGACAAUUGGGUUCGAUAUUAUCAUCAUAAAAACCAAGAAUCCGAGGAUGAUGAUGAAGCUUUAUCUCUAUGUGAUCUAGCCACCAAUGAUCACGAAGAUAAUGAAUCGCUAACGAAUCAUUUUCAAGAAAACGAAGAACACUUUGAUUUUGGUAACCGAAACUUGCCACAAAAUAAAAUGUGCACUGCGGACGAGCUUUUCUUUCAAGGUCAAAUUAUGCCCGUAUCGGGUUCAAAGUCUCAACCCGUGAGUGUUGGGAGUAGUAGAAGUAGUAGUACUCGUAGUCAUAAUUCGGCUACUAGUGGGAGUAGUACUAGUAGUAGUUUAUCUGGACCCGAAUUCAAACGGGCUACAAUAAAAAACCAAAACCAAAACCGAAACCAGUUCCAGUUCCAUUCACACCCAAGUCCAACUCCACAGAUACAGACACGGAGUUUGAAUCACAACAACUCGAAAUCAUCAUCAAAUUUGUCAAAAUGGAGAUAUUUUCAGUUGGGUCCAGUGAAGCCACAAGAAAUCGGGUUAGAGGAUCUUAAGAACAGGAGUCAAAGAAGUCAAGGGAUUAGUAACAAGGGCAUGAAGAAUGAUCAAAAUCAGAAGAACAACAGCAUUUUGUUGUUUGGAGGGUGUAAAUGCACGGCGAAUGUGGUUGAGAGUACAGUUUCUUCUUCUUCUUCUUUGAUGGUCAAAAGAGAAAGGAUAUCGAAUUUGAAAAACAGCAACGUUGGAAAAGGUAAUUGA